AUGGACCGGGCUCUGGCCGCGCAGAUAAGCGAGGCGGUGGCCGACAAGUUGCUGCUUUACAGGCGAGACACGUCUGGGUGGAAGAUUUGCCGGGAAGGCAAUGGAGUUUCGGUUUCCUGGAGGCCAUCUGUGGAGUUUCCAGGGAACCUGUACCGAGGAGAAGGUGAUGUGUUGGGAACUCCAGAAACCGUCUGGGAGUGUAUAAAGCCGGUUGCUGGAGGCCUACGAGAGAAAUGGGAUGCGAACGUGAGCACUUUUGAAAUCCUAGAAAGCAUUAGUGAUACACUGUGCGUUAGCAGAACCUCCACCCCCUCAGCUGCCAUGAAGAUCAUUUCUCCCAGAGAUUUUGUGGACUUGGUGCUCAUCAGAAAAUACGAGGAUGGGACCAUCAGCACGAAUGCUACCCAUGUUGACUAUCCGUUAUGCCCUCCGAAAUCCGGUUAUGUGAGAGGAUUUAACCACCCUUGUGGCUGCUUCUGUGAACCUCUGCCAGGGGAGCCCAACAAGACUCACCUGGUCACAUUCUUCCAGACCGACCUCAGUGGUUACCUCCCACAGACGGUGGUGGAAUCUUUCUUCCCCCGCAGCAUGGCUACGUUUUACGUUAACCUUCAGACAGCAGUGACAAAAUUCCAAGCAUGA